GAGAAUCGUGGAGGCCAUCAGUUUCAUCAGCCAGUUGAGGGAUCGAGAAGACACUACAAAGCAGACCAUUGACCGCAUUGGAGACAUCGCCACCUCAGUACCAUGGGAAUGAUUCGCAGCAACACGUUUCUGGCGGCCCUUCUGGCCUUGCAGCUAUUUCUAGGCUGCAGUUCCGAGAAGACCUUGACGAUACAACUCCAGAAACGACCGUCGUCUGCGUCUCAACUCGUUGGUCGACAGAGGCGACACCUGAAACCCGUGGAAGCCUUGUCACUUGGCAAUGAACACAACACGGAGUACUUUGGUGUUAUUGGUGUUGGUACCCCUAUGCAGUAUUUCAAAGUCAUUUUCGACACUGGGUCCAGCGACUUGUGGGUGCCGUGGGUCAAUUGUACCUUUGGCGGCAAUAAACACACGUACAACCAUGAUGUCUCCAGUACCUACCAACGAGAAGAACCAAUGUUCUUGAUCGGCCUUUCGUACGGAUCGGGACCUGUUGUCGGAUUCUUUAGUUAUGACGACGUGGCCUUGACGCAAGAUAUUGCCGUCCAAGGACAACGAUUCAUUGAAGUCGUCAAUGCCAGUCCCAAUUACGCCUUUUAUGAUUUUGAUGGCAUUGUCGGAAUGGGAUUUGCAAACCUCGCGGCCAAUGGCACUGUUCCAUUGUUCGAAAGUUUAUUGCAACAAAACCAAAUUGAUCUACCCAUCUUUUCCUUUUACUUGUCCUCUGAAGGGCCAGGCAGCGAACUCGUUUUGGGAGGCUACGAUCCGUCCAAAUUCGUGGGAAACUUGCACGUCGUCCCGCCACACGACAAUACGGCACGGCGUUGGUCCGUUACCCUCGAUCAGGUGGUCACGGAGGGAUUUGCGGCGUUUGGAUUUGGCAAUGCUACCGACGAGGACCGUCCGAAAAUGAGUGCCCUCAUUGAUUCUGGCACUUCCUUGAUUGGCGGACCCGCCGAUCUGGUGGACAAGAUUGCGGCUCAUGUGGGGGCCAUUCCUGAUGAGACGGGGCAAAACUACUUCCUAGACUGUGCCACUAUGGAUCACGUGCCGGAUGUGUCCUUUUGGAUUGAUGGAAAAGACUAUGUGAUUCCAGGGGAGGAUUUGGUGUUUCCCGUUCAAGAUGGCAACUGCCUAUUCGCCAUGUUUCCAAUGAACAUUGGUCCUGCUGCUCGUGGAUUGAAUCCUGAUUGGAUCUUGGGUGACAUUUUCAUGAGGAAAUACUACACCGUCUUCAACUAUGUCGACCGGACCAUUGGGUUUGCCCCUGCCGUCAAGCCCAAGCGGAGACAACGGGGGUGGAUGGACUGGAUCACACAAAGUCUCACAUUGAAACCAGGAUUCUUGGCGUUGGGUCAAGUUCGUCGUCUUUGACAACAACAACAACGCAAAUCUGUACUGUAGCACUAUAAAAUCUUCAGCUACACAGCAUGCAGUAUUAUUAUUACUGAGUAGCGGAACUAGCUAAUAUAUCUUCCUUCACUU